CCGCCAGUGUCCACAGGGACGUUUGCUUCAAACAUUGAGUUUGCUCUGGCUUUGUUUUCCCGUUAUUAGGAUGCUUAUCAUCAGAAUGGAUAGUGUUCAAUACCACAUCUGUGUAGGCUAACGUUCCAUUGGAAGCCAAUAAACUUCAGUACAUGUUAUUAUGAUGCAAAUUCUUAUAGUAGGUAGGCAAAAUUAUUUAAAUCCUGGAUUUGUAAAAAUCCCUAUUUCUGGUGGAAUUUGGAACAUCCGGGUCCCCUGCUUAUUUGCAUGUGCCCGCGCCGCCACCACCAUACCGCUUUAGGAAUGAAUGCAGACCCAGUUUGCAAGUUUUUUGGGGACAAAUGACUCGAGUCGACAACUGGAGCAAGUCUGUUGGGUCAAAAGAAUAACACCCACCAACUGUAUGUGGCGAAAAUUGAGCGCGUUUGACUGUUAUAACAUCCCACCACAUUUCAUCUUUUCUUUUCAGUUCUCCUGUCUGUGGCCAAAGGAAAGGACAUUGCUUUGGUUAGGCACCACAGUGCACUGCUCACCUGCCUUCCACUCUUCAGAGAAUCCGUGCCACAUUUUGACUAAACAGUUGGUUCCUGCUUCAGGAAAAUGACGGCCACCAACGCUCCACGGGACAAAUAUAAUGCAGUGUGGAUCAUUUUUUUCAUCCUUGGCUUGGGAACCCUCCUGCCAUGGAAUUUCUUCAUGACUGCAACCAUGUACUUCACCAACCGACUGAAGGACCCGGCCGUUGAGGGCUCAGCCAUUCUGACAGCCAACACCACAGUGGUGGAGGGAGACACGAGGAGCAUCCUAGAGUCCAAGUUCAACAACGUGAUGACCCUGUGCGCCAUGGUGCCCCUGCUCAUCUUCACCUGCCUCAACUCCUUCAUCCACCAGAGGAUUCCUCAGAAUUGGCGUAUCGCCGGCUGCCUGUCUGUGAUCCUGGUGGUGUUUCUGUUGACGGCGGUGCUGGUCAAAGUGGACAUGGGCCCUCUCCCCUUCUUCUCUCUCACCAUCAUCAAAAUCAUCUGCAUCAAUUCGUUUGGGGCAGUGCUGCAAGGCAGUCUGUUUGGCCUGGCUGCAAUGCUGCCGGCCUCCUACACCGCACCUAUCAUGAGUGGACAGGGUCUCGCUGGAACCUUCGCUGCCUUCUCCAUGAUCUGUGCCCUGGCCAGUGGCUCAGCCCUGCAGGACAGUGCCUUUGGCUACUUCAUCACUGCGUGUGUGGUCAUCUUCCUGGCCAUCCUGUCCUACCUCGCUCUGCCCAGUAUGGAGUUUUUCCAGUACUACCUGGAAAGUAAUGGAUCCAAGCCAGCCGGCGGAGAUGAGGAGAACAAGAUGAACCUAUUGAAAAAAGACAGCCCAGCAGAGAAGAGGCCAGUGGUCAGUCUGACAGAGGAGGAAGCCAAGCCCACGAUAUCUGUGUUUGCCAUCUUUAAACAGAUCUGGGUAAUGGCCCUCUCUGUGUGCUUCGUGUUCACCAUCACCAUCGGAAUUUUUCCUGCAGUCACAGUUGAUGUCAGAUCCACCAUGGCCGACGGAGGUGCCUGGGAUACAUACUUCAUCCCUGUGUCGUGUUUCCUGCUCUUCAACGUGAUGGACUGGGCAGGAAGGAGUCUGACGGCCGUGUGUAUGUGGCCCGGUAAGGACAGCGUCAUCCUGCCCGUCAUGGUGGGUCUCCGUGUGGUCUUUGUGCCUCUCUUUAUGCUGUGUAAUGUCCAGCCCAGGAACAACCUGCCCGUGCUGUUCGCCCACGACGCCUGGUACAUCGUCUUCAUUAUCUUCUUCUCCUUCAGCAAUGGAUACCUGGCCAGCCUCUGCAUGUGCUUCGGACCAAAGAAAGUGGCACAACGCGAAGCGGAGACGGCCGGGACCAUCAUGGCGUUCUUCCUGUCUCUGGGUUUGGCUCUUGGAGCUGCCUUGUCCUUUGUUUUCAGAAUCAUUAUCUAGACCUGGAGUCCUCACAACACCACCCCACCCCUCAGAACACUGUCUGCUCCUCUACCCGCCGUGCAUGACGAGGGGUGGAGGAGGUGGUGAACUUUGCUGUGUUGACUGUCACACGGCAGCAACACUACACCACUCAGAUGCAGCCAGCCUCAGAGCUUGAGUGUAUGUGCUUCCGCUCUUCCCACUGAAUUAUAAUACUCUCCAUUUUGAAAGAAUGCAAAGUUAAUCUAGUUCAGCUGCCUAUGUAACUGCUCUCAUCUCGUGCUCUAGUUGCCAACAUGUCUCUCAUCCUGCAGGGAACAUGGUAGAAGACUGGAGAAGCGCUCUCAGCUCAAGGGAGUAUUUCAGCUCUUAGGCCAAAAUGCCGCUAUGAGACGUAAAUGGUGCAGGACAUGUAUUUAUAUGGAUUGCAAAAUGAUUGUGAAACUGUGCAGCUUCUAAUGUCUUAGUAUGUGUUAUCAUUGAGUUGUAUGGGCCCUCUAGUUUAGAAUAGGUUUUACAUUUCAAUGAAGUUGUUUUAACAGCCUACGUCCGUGUGUAAAUGCUCAUUAUGGUAGCGCUUUGCCCUGACAUGUAAAGCUAUUUUUAAGCACAGCUACAACAAAUAUGCAGCUACUAAUUACAUGCGUUGUGCUAGUGAACGUGAGGGGAGGAGAGUUUUUGUAAACUCACCUGUUCAUUUGUUCUGUCAGUUUGCGCCAUUUUUCGGGUUCAUCAUCAAAACAUUUUGCAUCAGAACUACAAUGAACAAAAAUACCGACACAACAUGCAAAAAUGUCAAAGAUUUUACUGAGUCGGGUCAUAUAAGGAAAUCAGUCAAUUUUAAUUAAUUAAUUAGGCCCUAAUCUAUGGAUUUCACGACUGGGAAUACAGAUAUGCAGAUAGCACCAUCGUAUAGAGUUGAUCAGUGGUAAAAUGUUGGGUUUUAUUUGUCUUAUAUACAGUGAGUGUCUAAGGCCUACUUAAAUUAUUAUUUGCAUAAAGUACUUCAACUAA